AUCUGCCAUUUAUAAAAAAGCUGUGGAGUACUGAAAGAAAAAAUAUUUAUAUAAUAUUUCUAUGGGUUUCUCCUUCUCUUUUUCUUCUUGCUUUCUCUACAUCUCUUUUGCUUCAUUUGAGAUGUUUUUCCUCUUUUAGGGUUCUAAUCAAUCAAUCCUCAGAAACUCCGAAUUGCCCGUUUUCUGGCUUUUUGAGAUUCAAAAGUUAAGAGGAAAUCUCAAAUUUUGCAUGUAGGGUGGUUGAAUUGCUUUUUUGUGAAAUAGAAAGAAGAUUAUAUAUAGCUGAAGAAAUUAAUUUAGGUACUGAUUGAAAGAUAUGGCCGCUCCUUCUUCGUCGGUGCCAGUCCCGUUCUUUGGAAUCUCAAGAGAAGAGGAUCAAAACCACGAGAUGACAAGACAACAUUCCUCAACUUCUACUCCAAAUUCUUCAAGUUUAGCUCCUGCUCCUCCGCCGCAAAAGAAAAGAAGAAACCAACCUGGAACACCAAAUCCAGAUGCAGAAGUGAUAGCACUAUCUCCCAAGACACUAAUGGCAACAAACAGGUUCAUAUGUGAGGUAUGCAAUAAAGGGUUUCAAAGGGAGCAAAACCUACAACUCCACAGAAGAGGACACAACCUCCCUUGGAAGCUUAGGCAGAAGACAACAAAGGAGGUGAAGAGGAAAGUUUAUUUGUGCCCUGAACCCACUUGUGUUCACCAUGAACCUUCUAGGGCUCUUGGUGACCUCACCGGGAUCAAGAAACACUACUCAAGAAAACAUGGUGAGAAGAAGUGGAAGUGUGAGAAGUGCUCAAAGAGGUAUGCUGUUCAGUCUGAUUGGAAAGCACACUCUAAGACUUGUGGCACUAGAGAGUACAGAUGUGAUUGUGGCACUCUCUUCUCAAGGCGUGAUAGUUUCGUCACUCAUAGGGCUUUUUGUGAUGCAUUGGCACAAGAAAGUGGAAGAAACCCUCCUGCAGCCUCCUUGAGCACAAUUGGGAGCCACUUGUAUGGAAACAACAACAACACCACCACCAACAUGAACGUAGGCUUCUCAUCAUCUCAACUUCAAAAUCAAACUAGCCAUGUUAGUGACAUCUUAAGGCUCGGUGGAGAUUUCGGCCGGACCGGAGGACGGUUUGAUCAUAUCCUUCCUCCAUCCAUGGGUUCUUCAUCUUCGCCGUUUCGGGCCCCACAACAGCAGCCUCUUUCAUCCUCUCCGUUCUUCAUGCAAGAAACAAAUCAAUCCUACCAUCAUGAGGGAGUACUAUCACACCAAUCUCAACCCCAAAGCACCAAGCAGCAGCCAUUUCAUGGACUAAUGCAGUUUCCUCCUCCUCAUGAUCUCGAAACUAACACAAACAACACCAAUCUCUUCCACCUAAGCUUUAUCUCCAAUUUUGGUAGUAGCACAACAAGUAACACCAACAAUUCCAACAACAAUAUCAAUGGUGUACCCUCUUCAGGCUUGCUUGUUUCCGAUCAUUUCAACGCCCAAAACGACAAUGCUGUCGACGUUUUAAUCGGUGGAGAUCAUCAUCAAAUCAGCUCGGCUGUUCCUUCUCUCUUCAGCUCCUCAUCGUUUCAAAACGCCAAUGUAAUGCAACAUAUGUCAGCCACUGCAUUGCUUCAAAAGGCAGCUCAAAUGGGUUCAAGCACUACUACUACUUCUCCAAGCAACAACAACAAUGAGAGAUCAUCGCCAUUGUUGAUGAGAAGCUUUGUUAGCUCUUCUUCAAGUAAUACUACUAGUGGUAGUGGUGCCAAAAAUGAAAGAUCAUCACCAUCACCGCUUGUUAGUGCUAACUUUGGUGGUUUAUAUGGAGAAAGUUUGAACCAUGAGAGUCAUCUACAAGACCUAAUGAAUUCAUUUGCUGCUGCCUCUGGUAAUUCUUCCAUAUUCGGAGAAAACCCUUUUGUUCCUAAUUACGAUCCUAAUAACAACAAAGGUGGUUCAGAUCAAGAGAAGCAUAAUGUGCAUGUGAAUGUGAGCUCUGGUGGGUCAGACAGGUUGACCAGAGACUUUCUUGGUGUUGGUCAAAUUGUUAAAGGAGCUAGUCAGCAUAUUCAACAACAACAGCAGCAUGGCAUGGAAAUGGGUUCCUCCUCCUCCACCUUGAAUUUAGAGGGAAAUAAUAUUAAUAUUAGUCCGCCGGCAAGAAGCCAGUCUUUUGGAGGAGCCAACAAUAAUUUUCAGUGAAGCAAAAUCAAAAAAAGGCAUUGUGAGCUGUUUUUGGAUGGAAUGGACGUGCGAGGCUUUUGCAGAGAGAGCUUACUGUCGAACCUUUUUUGUGUUUCUUUUCAAUUAUCUUCUGUGUUUUUUUGUAGUGUAAUGGGGAGUGUAACAGUGGCCUUAAGUGGCAACUUCUUUAAAGUGAUCAUAUUUUGGAUGUUGAGUUAAGUAUCAACUUCUUGAAUUCUGGUUAUAAAACCCUUUUUG